AUGCUUCCAUACAUUCUUCUAGCUGCCGGACAGCUCUUCGCCUCAGCAUCUGCCGCAUUAACCUAUAAUGGCGCGGAUAUUUCUUCCCUCAUCGUCGAGGAAAAGGCAGGCAUCUCUUACAAGAACGCCGCUGGCAAAACGGACAAGCUAGAAGCCAUCCUCUCCGCCAGCGGCGUCAACUCUGUUCGUCAGCGUAUCUGGGUAAACCCUAGUGAUGGAUCGUACGAUCUGGACUAUAACGUUGAGCUCGCCAAAAGGGUACAGGCGAAGGGUAUGGGCACGUAUCUCGACUUGCAUUACAGUGAUACCUGGGCGGAUCCGAAAAGCCAGACCACUCCCUCGGGCUGGUCGACAACCGAUGUUGAAGUCCUGGCCGGACAAGUAUACGACUACACACUGAAAGUAUGCAACACAUUUGCAGUCAACAACCUCCAUGUAGACAUCGUCUCCAUCGGCAACGAAAUCCGCAACGGCUUACUCUGGCCAGUCGGCAAAACAAGCAGCUACUACAACAUCGCCCGAAUCCUGCACUCCGCCGCAUGGGGCGUGAAAGACUCCAACCUAAAGACCACUCCCAAGAUCAUGAUCCACCUCGACAACGGCUGGAACUGGUCUGACCAGUCAUACUUCUACAAUAAAGUCCUGGCUUCUGGAUCUCCGCUCCUCUCCACGGAUUUCGACUACAUCGGCGUCUCUUUCUACCCCUUCUACGACGCGGGUGCGACACUCGGUGCACUGAAGACAAGUCUUGCGAACCUGCACUCUACAUAUAAGAAGGAGACGCUGGUUGUUGAGACCAACUGGCCGUUUGCUUGUCCCAAACCUGAGUAUGCGUUCCCGUCUGAUCUGAAGGAUAUUCCGUUUUCGGUUGCUGGGCAGCAGACUUUCCUUCAGAGGCUUGCUAAGGCCGUGGAGGAGGUUGGUGGGUUGGGCAUUUAUUAUUGGGAACCUGCUUGGGUUCAGAAUGCCGGACUUGGGAGCAGUUGUGAUGAUAACUUGCUUUUUGCUUGGUCGAAUAAUCAGGCCAGGACUAGCUUGAAUACGUUGGGUGGGCUGUGA